CCUACAUGAUUUUUAAAGCUGUUAUGAUGAAUAUCCAAACACUUUGUUUUUCAUUCCGGAAGUUGUAAUUUUUAACAUCACAACAAUGGAAUUGUCUUCAGUGACAUUUGAAUUAGCCUACAAUUUGCAGAUUGAAAUAAAGCUAAUACAAUCUGGUCGCGCUCAGAGAGGAGUACUCCUCCAUGUUGACGCUUAAGCUACUAUCAGACGACAGUAUUAGCCAUCAGAAGAAGCUUUUGCACAGAUCAUUUUCAACUUGACUUGUGUAUCACUCCCAACUUCCUUACUACAGGUAUGGGCAAGAAAACUGUCCCCAUUUAUACUUUUCUACAGCGGGUUUAAAAUUCUGCAGCUGAGGUCUUGAAGAUUCAGAUGGGGGACGAGACGCGGCAGAGGGUCAAGUUCACGGACGAGCGGGUCUGCAAGAGCCAUCUCCUGAACUGCUGUCCACACGACAUCCUGUCUGGAACACGUAUGGAUCUGGGGGAGUGUUCCAAGAUCCACGACCUGGCUCUCAGGGCAGACUAUGAGAUUGCCUCUAAGGAAAGAGACCUGUUCUUUGAGCUUGAUGCUGUGGACCACCUGGAGUCAUUUAUCGCUGACUGCGACCGGAGAACAGAACUGGCCAAGAAGCGCCUGGCUGAGACUCAGGAGGAGAUCAGUGCUGAGGUGGCAGCAAAGGCGGAGAAGGUGCACGAGCUGAACGAGGAGAUCGGGAAGCUGCUGGCCAAGGCCGAGCAGCUGGGAGCCGAGGGGAACGUAGACGAGGCCCAGAAGGUUCUACAGGAAGUGGAGAAGGUUCGCAGCAGGAAGAAGGAUGCAGAGGAGGAGUACAGGAACUCCAUGCCCGCCUCCAGCUUUCAGCAGCAAAAGCUCCGGGUGUGUGAAGUGUGCUCCGCUUACCUUGGUCUUCACGACAACGACCGUCGCCUUGCCGAUCACUUUGGUGGGAAACUGCACCUGGGGUUCAUCCAGAUCAGGGAGAAACUGGACCAGCUAAAGAAAACGGUUCUGGAAAAGCAGGAAAAGAGAAACCAGGACCGGCUGAGGAGGAGAGAAGAGAGGGAGAAGGAGGAGAUGAAGAAAAAAAGCACCAGCACCAGGUCAAGGAGCCGGGAGCAUAGAAGGUCUCGCUCCCGAGACCGCAAAAGGCGACGCUCUCGGUCCUCCUCCCGAGAGAAGAGGCGAUCCCGUUCCAGGGAGAAGGAGAGGGAGAGGGAGAGGGAGAGGGAGAGGGAGAGGGAGAGGGAGAGGGAGAAGGAGAAGGAGAGGGAGAGGGAGAAGGAGAGGGAGAGGGAGAAGGAAAGGGAAAAGGAAAAGGAGAGGGACAGGAGAAGGCGUCACCGCAGUCGCUCUCGGUCCCGCAGCCGGGGCCGCCGUCACAGCCAUGAGCAGAGCUCCAGACACAAGUCCUCUCGUGACAGAGAGCGCUCCUCAAGGGACCGAUCCCGCGAGCGCGACAGGAGGGACGGCAUCAACGGCAGGACGGACUCCCGUCGGGCGGACGACAGGGACUCUGGGGACUUUUGAAGACCCCCUCGGUCCUCCCUCACCCACACACUACAAGCCCUUCUGUGUCUCCCAUUAACACAUGUUCAGACCUGCAGUGAAUCUAUGAAGGAUGCUGUCUUGUCUUUGUAUGAUUCCCCUUUUUACGUUUCCCCUAAUUGAAAAUCCAUAGAAUUUAACUUUCACAGCUAUUCCAAGCAUCUUACUUGUAAGAUUCAUAUCUAAUCGUGUAUGACAAAUGGCAACGUAUGCUGUAUAUGUUUUAUACAGUAUAUACACGUAUCAUACAUGCCUUAUUUUUUUUUGUAAUCAAUGUAUAUCUCUGGCUUUAGAUUGGGGGAUCAUAAUUAUUAAGAGUGAAAUGUAAGGCUUGUCUAAAUUGGUGGCUAUUUAGACAUUUCAUUAAAUUACACUAUGUAUAGCUACUCUAGAAAUUGAAUUUCCAGUAGUGGUGGGAACAUUUGGCUUUCCUGUUCAUUUGGUGACAUUUGGGUGAAGAAAACGGUCCCUUUUUAAACAACAUUUUAACUUUAGUGGCGCUUUCCAUUGUUUUGUGCUUUUUCAUUUCUGUCAUUUGAUAUAGACUUGCCCUUAAGUCAUUUAACCAUUACCAAUAGUGUUAUGUAACGUUUGGUUUCUCUAGCAAAUAUGUUUGUGUCAAUUUACCAGUUUAAAUUGAAAUACAAUAAACCAUAUUAUUUAUGUUA